CCCGAACCCGCCCGCCGCCCUCUCGCAGCCUCCCAGGGCUCUCCGAAAACGUUCCUCGCCGGGUUCUCCAGAAAGGGUUCUCUGUGGCGUUCUGGGAAGCUCCAUACGCCCCGGGGCCUCGGACCUUCAUGCGUCUCCCAGCAGCGUCGUCCACCCACACCUCCACCCACCACCACACCUCCACCACCACCACCACCAUGAGCUGUGAGCAGGAGUUUGGAGACGGAGCCAUGGGAGUGACGCUCACGCUGCGCCUCCUCAUGCACGGGAAGGAGGUAGGAAGCAUUAUCGGCAAGAAAGGAGAAACGGUGAAGAGAAUACGAGAAGAGAGCACUGCCAGGAUCAACAUCUCGGAGGGCUCGUGUCCGGAGAGGAUCAUCACCAUCACGGGCCAGACGGACUGUGUGUUCAGAGCCUUCACCAUGAUCACCUUCAAACUGGAGGAGGACCUGACAGCGCUGGUAGCCAACGGCACGGUGAGCAGCAAGCCUCCGGUCACGCUGCGGCUGGUCAUCCCAGCCAGCCAGUGCGGCUCACUCAUCGGGAAGGGCGGCUCCAAGAUCAAGGAGAUCCGAGAGACGACCGGUGCCCAGGUGCAGGUGGCAGGUGACCUCCUCCCGAACUCCACGGAGAGAGAGGUGACGAUAUCGGGGAGCCAGGACGCCAUCAUCCAGUGUGUCAAACUCAUCUGCACCGUGAUUCUGGAGUCUCCUCCAAAGGGAGCGACUAUUCCGUACCGCCCCAGCCCGACCCCGGGAACCGUGCUGCUGGCAGGAAACCAGGUGUUCGAGACGUCGGACUUUGGCUCUCACCCUCUUUUCUCCGUGGCACAGGGAGGAGUAGACAUGCAGCAAACGUACGCAGUACAGAGUCACUACGGCAUUCCACAUUCAGAGUUAGCAAAGCUCCACCAGUUGUCAAUGCAGCAGCAGGGCCUGGCCCCCAUCAGCCAAUCAGCGACACAGAUUCUCUCUGGAGGGGUGGACGCCAACUCCCAAACUACAUCUCAGGAGCUCCUCAUUCCAAACGACCUGAUUGGCUCCAUCAUUGGUCGCCAGGGCACCAAGAUAAACGAGAUCCGGCAGGUGUCGGGGGCUCAGAUCAAGAUCGGCAGUCAGAUCGACAGCACCAGUGACCGCCACGUCACCAUCACCGGCACACCGAUCGCCAUCAACCUGGCUCAGUACCUGAUCACUUCAUGUUUAGAGACCGCCAAAUCCACUGCCCAGUCCUCCUCCAUGCCGUCUCCCGUUGACCUGACCAUGAGCUUCACCCAGCCCGCCCCCCCCGCCUCCUCCUCCUCCUCCCCCCUGGCAGCGAUGGGCGCUGCUCUGCCCCAUGCUCAAAUGCUGGGCGCUCCCUACGCCCUCCCCCUCUCCAGCCUCCUGGGAAUGAAAUCAUUCCCUUACCUGGCACUCUCCACCCCUCCCGCCUCAGCAGCGGCGGCGGCAGCAGCAGGUAUCGGGGCGCCCAUGUUGCCGGGCUCGAUGCAGACGGCGGCGGGCGUUCCCGUUCAGGCUCACGCGGCUGCGGCGGCGGCCCUGGCGUCCUACACGGCUAAGAUCUCCUCCUCGGCCAAUGGGAUGAAGAAGCCGGAGAGACAGAAGUUUGCGCCGUACUAA